AUGUCAACGCUAUUUUCCGUCUCUGGCAAGACUGCCAUCAUCACAGGUGCCGGCUCAGGUAUCAACCUCGCGUUUGCUGAGAUACUACUCUCUCGAAACUGCAACGUCGUCUUGGCAGACCUCUCUCUGAGACCCGAAGCAAAAGCUCUGUUGGCCAAGUAUGAAGACAAGACUUCGUCUCCGAGGGCUGUUUUUGUGGAAACGGAUGUGACGUCCUGGCCGGCUUUGACGCGCAUGUUUGAAGUUGCUCUGCGUGAGUUUGGUGACUUUGACAUUGUCUGUCCUGGUGCAGGCGUUUACGAACCAAACUGGUCCAACUUCUGGCACCCUCCAGGAUCACCCGAGAGCAAAGACGGCAUUGACAGCGGACACUAUGCUCUUCUUGACAUUAACCUCACACACCCUAUUCGAGCCACUCAGUUGGCCAUAGCACACUGGCUGCACCCUCGCACUCCCUCCAACUCCAAAUUCCCUACCCCUGCUACAGCCUCAACCGGGAACCCAAAGCGGGUAAUUCACAUAUCCUCGAUAGCAGGCCAAAUCCCCGUAUUCCGAGCCCCCAUCUACGGUGUCUCCAAGUUUGGCAUCACAGGUCUCGUGCGGUGUCUCGCAAACCUCGAAACAACCGGUAUCCGCGUCACCGCCGUCGCACCGGGCGUCGUGCGCACACCUCUCUGGACAGAACAUCCUGAGAAGUUGGAAUUUGUGGAUGAGACGCGGGAUGGAUGGGUUACGCCUCAGGAGGUAGCCGAAGCCAUGUUUAGCUGCGUCGAGAGUCCCGAGCAUGUUGGAGGGACAAUUCUUGAGGUUGGAAAGGAUAAUACGCGACAGGUGGGAGUUUACAAUGAUCCUGGUCCGGAUCUGAAGGAUCCGAGCAAGGGAUUUACUACGAGUAACGCCGAGCAGGGAGACGCAAGUGUUUGGGGUUGGCUUGGGAACAAGGAGAUUUGGGGUUCUAAGCUGUAG